AUGACUUCACAAAUGAUGCGCGGUAAUGUACCGGUGCAACAGAUGGCUCCUCAGCCUAUACUUCCAAGCGAUCAGGAUGCGUUGAUUCGAACCCUAAAUGACGUCAGUCAAAGAGAUGACGUUAAGCUGAAAGCAGUCCAGGAUGCAUGGAGCAAGUUUGACGCAUUCAGUGUCACGCCCACGUUCGAUCAAUUCCUGGAUAGCCUUAUGAGAGCGUUUCUGAAACUCUUUAGCGAGACGGUACCACAGUUUAUAGUGGAGAACAAUACUCAGGUAAUUGACACCCUUUCGUAA